AUGCUUGGUGUAAUCGAGUACAUUGGACCGUUUGCGACUGCAGAGAGCUCGAGUGGAGACACAGAAGACUGUCUCCUGGAGAAACCCUACACAGACUGCGGCUACAGUCAAGGCAAAGACGACGACUUCGACUGGGAGCAGAUCAACACCAAGCAGAAACCCUCCUCAGAGCCCUGGCUGCCGUCAGGUUCAGCGUUCAUGAUGGUGAACACCUCGGGACGGUCCUCCGGUCAGAGAGCUCAGCUCUACCUGCCGCAGUUCAAAGAGAACGACACCCACUGCGUCAUAUUCCAGUAUUACGCCGCCAGUCGAGAGGGAUCGAGUCCCAGCCAGCUGCUCAUCUACGUCAAGGAGAACAACAGUCCUCUGGGCUUCGCUGUGUGGAACUCGUCCGGACCGGCCUUCCAGAAGUGGCAGCAGGUGGAGCUGGCCAUCAGCACCUUCUGGCCCAAUUUCUACCAGCUGGUGUUUGAGGUGGUGGCGUCCGGUGAACAGGGUCUGCUGGCCGUCAGAGGAAUCUCGCGUCAGGGUCAUCAGUGCAGUAAGUGUCAUGAGGCUUCUCAGGGCAUCAGAGGACGCGAGGCUCCUAUGAAGGACACCAAACCCGUGAACUCCAGACGCUACACAGCCACCUUUGACAUUGUCAACACCACCAAAGAAGACUCGGGCCGCUACCGCUGCAUCGUGCGCUCUGAGAAAGGAGUCGGAGCGUCCAGUUACGGAGCUCUGGUGGUCAAACAGCCUCCGAUCCCCAUCGCUCCUCCUCAGCUGACGGCGGUUGGCGCCACCUAUCUGUGGAUCCAGCUCAACGCAAACUCCAUCAACGGCGAUGGGCCCAUUAUCGAGAAGGAGGUGGAGUACCGCACACUUUCCGGAAGCCUGAUCGACAGCCAACCAGUCGACAAACCCAACCACAAGAUCGGCCACCUGGACCCCGACACAGAGUACGAGAUCAGCGUGCUGCUCACCAGACCCAACGAGGGCGGCACCGGGGCCCCAGGGCCCCCGCUCAGGGCCCGCACCAAGUGCGCAGAUCCCAUGCACGGCCCUCGAUGGCUGCAGGUCGUAGACAUCAAAUCCAAGCAGUUGACGGUGCGCUGGGAGCCGUUCGGAUACAACGUGACACGCUGCUACAGCUACAAUCUGACGGUGCAGUACCGCUACACGGCUAACGGCAAAGAGGAGACGCGCGAGGAGACGUGCUACGAUACUCUGAGCGCCGCGCCGCAGCACACCAUCCGCAGCCUGCAGCCCUACACCAACAUCAGCAUCCGCCUGCUGCUGCGCAACCGCGAGGGAGUCAAAGAGAGCGACGAGCUCGACGUGCUCACCGACGAGGACGUUCCCGGCGCCGUUCCGCAGGAGUCCAUCCAAGGAAGCACAUACGAGGAGAAGAUCGCCCUCCGAUGGAGAGAACCGCUUCAGACGUACGGCAUAAUCAAACAGUAUGAAAUCUUCUAUAAGGCCGUCAGCUCCUUCGACCCUGAGUUCAAUCUGUCCAAUCAGAGCGGGAAGAUGCUGAAGUUCAGCAACGAGACGUCGCACAUCUUCACGGGUCUGUAUCCCGGAUCCACGUACUCCUUCACCGUCAGAGCCAGUACGGUCAAAGGAUACGGGCCGCCCGAAACCGCACAGUUCACAACCAAGAUCUCACCGCCGCGUAUGCCGGGAUACGAGCAGGAGACGCCGCUGAAUCAGACCGACAGCACAGUGACAGUCCUUCUGAAACCGGCCCGGAGCCGCGGAGCACCGGUCAGAAAACACUCGUAUGAGACGUUACACACAGAUGAUGUGAUAUCAGAUCACCCAACGACCUGCACUUAUUACAGCGCUCACAGCGAAUCCUGCGCUCAAACAGGCCUGAAAGCGCUUCGGAGGACCAGCGUGAAGCUGCAGACUGAAAUUGUCCGUCGUCUGCUGAGACUCUGCUCCUGCGGCGCUUAA